UGUCAUGAUUUGUUCGCUGCUGCUGUUGUAUGCUUUAUUUCUGCGUGUCACGCCAAGAAAGAGGAAAGAGGAAACCUCAACAUUGGAGAUCAUAGAGGGGCCUCUGCACGCAAUCACGUCCAACCCCACUACUUCAUUUGAUACAUACUCUAAAACAAUAUCAUUUCCUACCACCAAAUCUCCUACAACUUCCCAUUACAACCACGACACUGCUUACAACUACAGCACAGUGCAGCCAGUAACAAACAAGGUCUUCACGGCUGAGAAUGUGGUACCACCCGAGCGUACAAAAACUAAUCUCACUUUCAUGUUCUCCUCUAUGAGCCCUCUACCAUCCCCCAGUUCUUCAACCCCUACUUUAACACAGCUGCCUAACCAGCCCACUGGCCAUGUGACUACAGCCCACGUGACUACAGACCACGUGACUACAGACCACGUGACUACAGACCACGUGACUACAGACCACGUGACUACAGACCACGUGACUACGUACCACGUGACUACAGACCACGUGACUACAGACCACGUGACUACAGACCACGUGACUACAGACCACGUGACUACAGGACAAAACGUCACAAAGCAAUCUGAGAACGGGACUAAGGACAACAAGGAGACGAUGGUUUGUGACGAGUGCGCAUUAGCGAGAGCUCUGGGUUACUUGAUCAGUUGUUUGGUGGUAGCAGGAGUUCUUAGCAACCUUUUCUGCUAUCUUCACUUCUUGAGGAGGGUCAACGGAGUUACAGGAUUGAUGUACAGCGUGUUUACUCUGUCUGAUGUGGUUAUGUUGCUGUGUCUGGUUCCUGUUGCUACCUCCUAUAUACUCUACCAAGGGGCUGCCAAGUUGUCACUACCACUCAGGUACAGUAAAGGUUGGCUCUACGCCUGGAACUUCAGCCUCCGUUUCAACAUCUACCUCCUUUCUCUCCUCUCUCUAAGAGGAGCGACAGAGUCUCACCUGAAACCUGCCCCUUGUAAAGUGGCAGUAGGACUGAUAGUGGGAGGAGGGGUUACCUUGUUACUCCUAACCCUCAUCCCUCUGUUUCUUACCCCUCAUUACGUGGUAGACUCUGCCUUUCUCAUGUAUGAUGUAGAAAUGAGUGUAGGUCUGGCGGUGGUGUAUGAUACAGUAUUGGGGGUGCUGAUACUUGUUACUUUUGGAGGGGUUAUUGCUGGCGCACUGCCAAGUAAGAAGAAAUAUGCGCUGGUAACCAUGGUAACUCAGGGUGUAGAUGAAGGGAGUAAGGUCGUGAAGAAGAGAAAAGAGCAUAAUAAAGACGUUAGUAGCCACAGAUUCUACACCAUUAUAUUUUGUAUCACCAACAUGGUGUUUAAAGCACCUCUGCUAUUCCUUCACAGUCUAGGUAGGUAUGGGAGUAGGAUCACCCUCAGUCCGCUAUUUAGCGUUGUGCUUGUAGCACUGGUACUGUGUGCAGCACUCAUGGACUCUCUUAUGUACCUUAUAGCCUCUAUUUGCAAACAAUCCGCAAAAUCAGAGCAUACCACCGAGAAUCUUCAGUCUCGUGAGAACAGCGUGUAGUGUUACCUUAGUAACGUAUAGUGUUACCUUAGUAACGUGUAGUGUUACCUAAGUAACGUAUAGUGUUACCUAAGUAACGUAUAGUGUUACCUUAGUAACGUAUAGUGUUACCUUAGUAACGUGUAGUGUUACCUUAGUAACGUAUAGUGUUACCUGGGUAACGUGUAGUGUUUAGUAUAGUGUGUAUAGCGUGUGGUGUUAAUAGUGAGAUUUAAGAGCCAGUUUAUGUUUUGGAUUGUUUAAUUUAUUGAGUAAGUCGGUUAACUACACGUAUAUUAGGAUUGAACUUUUUACAUGCUAGAAAAUUAAAGCAACUUAGUCGACUCUCAUAAAAUGUAACUCCUUAAGUUUAAAUCAGGGUGAACCCCCCGGCCCCCUUUAGAACAUUGUGGAAUGUGGGUCUAUCAAAGAUCGUGAAGAAUUUUCAAGGGUUGAAAAAAUGUUUAAAUUAUUGCCCAGUUUUUGCAACUAAAAUUUUGUUGUUUUCGCGAAUUUUUUACAUAUCUGAAGGAGAGAGUCGACUUUAAAACAAUGAACUGUACACUUUACACAAGAAUACAUUUACACAAAAAUCUUCAUCAAUUACCAAAAUAAAUUCGUCUUUUCAUCAAUGAUAAUAUUAAUAUUUAUUUUAUCAUCAUUUUACAU